AUGAUUGACAGAACUUUUGUUUAAAUGUAAUUGGAUCAACAGCUUGAACGGGAUUGGAUUAUAAUCUAUUCAUUUUCUGUCAAGUCCAGCGGAAAGUAACAUAUAAAAACAGUUUUGUAUUUGCUAUCAAAGGUUUAAGUGACGUUUUUUAUUGAAUACCAAAAUGAACUUGUCAAAGACUGAUGGAGUUAAAGAGGCAGAAAUCAUUCACGAAAACUACCGAGUAAAGGAACCAUUGCGCGCGGAGUCACAUGCUUGUACAGAACCGGAUGCUAAAGAUUCAGAAACGGAAGCUGAAGAUUUAAUGACGGAAACUAGAGAUACGAAUGCAUUGAAAAGAGAAGUUGACACUAUACGUCUCUCAUUGGACGUGUUGAAAGAUACCCUUAUAAUGCAGCAGGCUGUUCUAGCGCGUGAUUUCGAGGCUAGAAUCAGAAACGUAUACGAUGACGUCAUCAACGACAUUAAUGGAAUCCGGAAACGGGUUAAUGAUAUUGGAGAUACAUUUGAACCAGAAACAAAGUUCAAAACCUGGACACCACUGAUGCCUUUCAGGAAAGAUGUUUUGCAGAGUGUGUAUAAUGUCAAAUCCCCGCCGACAAGAAAGCUGAAAGGGAGUAAAUCGGUAGAUUUUGUGGAUAAGAAAGGAACAGACGCUGAUAAAACUCCAGGAAUAGACUUUGACAAAUUCCAUUCAAAGACAAUAUUCAGUCAACGACAAAGUUGGUUAGGUUCAAGUCAUAGCAGCAUUAGCUCGAACUGUAGUUCUCGAAAACUGGUUCCCGGAUUUGGAUGUUGUUUUGGCGGGGACGGCAAAACGAUACCAUUUCGCUCGCACCGAGCCAGGCACCGUGCAAAUAGAAGACAUCGCCAUAGUUGGGGCCCUAGUAGAUCGGGGUCAAGGUCAACUUUAGAUGAUGAUGAUGACUUUGAAGAUAAGAGUUGUCUGUGUGGUGGGAUGGCUGAUGACUGGAGGGUGAAAGUUGUGCCGUACAUGUGGGAAGGGUGGCCUGUUCCAGGAAUAGAUAGAGUGGACAUGCACAAACUUAGAGAACGGAUGGAGCAUAUGGAGGCAAUGCGACAUGAAGUUGUCCAUGUACAUAACGAAUACCGUCGACAGCAUGGCUGCCCAGAGCUGUCUGUAACCACAGACUUAGCUAGAGAGGCCCAGCAGUGGUCUGAUAUACUGGCUAUGAGAGGUUAUGCUCAAUACAGCGACUCUCAAAGCCGUGGAGAGAACAUUUUAGUUGUCGAUAUAGAGGACAAUUUGUCGGGACGUCAGAUUGUUGAUACCUGGUACAGGGAAAGUCGAAUUUACAGCUAUAAACAGCCUGGCUGGCAAAGAGGAACGUCUAACUUUACCCAGAUGAUAUGGAAAUCUAGUCAGUUCAUUGGCGUUGGCAUUGCUAAGUUCCCAUACAACAAUACCUAUGUUAUUGUAGUUCAGUAUCAGCCACCCGGAAAUAUAAACAAGCCAGGGAUGUUCCGCCGUAACGUUCCAGUGCCCAUUAUAGGAAAGAACACCGGCUCAGAAAGCAGCAAGCCCGGAGGGAAGCAUUCCAACAAAAAUAGUACUGACUUUGACAACAGAUCAAGGGAAUUAAAACACUCCUUCUCUUUACCAAAUGAUUUGUCUAAAAUGGAAACAGCAGAUCCUUUCGACGACGAAGAAGAAGAAUACUUAAAAGACAAAGAAACGAAAUCAUCUCGAAACAACAUUGAAACAGCAGACAAAAAUAAUAAAAACAAAACUGGUGAUUUAGAUCAAAUAAUUUCCGGAUUGGACAUAGAUAUUGACAAUUUGUCCAAGGAACUGGCUGAUGAUCAUGAUAGUGAUGAUGAGUCAGAAGAUAACUCGUCAGAGGAUGAUGAAGACAAGGAGGAUCACAUUGCCUCUGUCAGCGCUUCGUUGGCUAGCUCAGUUUAUGAUCAUGGUAUUCUGAAAGAUGAAGGUAGCUUCAGAUUCGAAACCUUGAAACAUGAGAGGAAGACGGAAGCUUUUGAUGUUUCCCCUAAAUGGUCAGACACGAAUGCUCACCGCCAGUCAACAAACGGCAGAAAGAUCACCUCAGUAUGAGCAUGUGAAGACUUAGCAUGAUACCAUCUUUCUUUAGCGAUAAAGUUCUGUUUAAAGCUACUAGUUUGCGUGAAAUUGUUGAACAACAAGUUUAGCAAAGAAUGUAUAUAAUUAUGACAAUUGAAAAAUGAUAAAGUGGGCGAAAAUAAACGUUAGACAUUGGUAACAUGCAAGAAAGAUGUAAAUUUUCUGCAUUAUUUCAAAAACAUUGCAACGGUUUACUAACUUCUGCACAAUAUUUUUGGUUAUCUUUAAGAAUGUCUUGCAAAAAUCUUAUUUCAAUAAGUUUGUACCACUAGUCACUUUCAGAGUACUCACUUUUCAUGGAUUUUGAGUGAACUUAUUUUUCGCCUAAAAUGUGUGAGUUAGUCCCUUUAGUAUCAAACUAUUUUAACUUUGCGUUAUACACCGUGCUUAUUUCAAUUAUUCUAACGGUUUAUACGGAAUAUGAGCACGACAAAAUUCUGUUUUUGUCUGUAGAGAAGAUCUGAACGAGCUCAUGAUCUCACAUCUAAUUCAUUUCCAUACAUAUGAAAAAACUUCGCUCUACUUAUGUACAAACGUUUUGUUGCACAUACUUUCACCUGUUUUGUUCAAUGUUUUGUUGUUCUUUUUACAAAUGUUUUGUUGUAGUUAUAUACAAAUGUUUUGUUAAUAUCCACGUGUUUGAAAAAAGUAUGAUCGAAAUAAUGUUUUCCUUUUGAUAGAAUUAAGAUAUUAAUUUUCAGCUGGUUCAGUCCGUCGGUCUAUAUGCAUAUGCAGUACUUAGGGGCUUCUGGGACCGAGUGGUCACAUUCGCUGACUUCAGACCAUUCACUCUUCCCAUCUGUGGAUUCUAACUCUGGUGGAUAUAUGAAGAAAUUAUCCAGCUGGUUUGCGUAAGGCCAGUGGUUCUACUCAUAUGCCUUUCUGUGUCUGAAUUAAUGCACGGAGGAAUUACCGCCAAUAACGUGCAGAAAGCCGCCCUGUGACAUUAGUGCAGGCCUACCCUUAUCCUACUGAAGUGGUAAAAUGCAGUUUGCUUGAGAAAUUGGGCUGAACCAAAGAGUACCAUGUUGGCCAUCUUGGGUAUUAUAGCAACUUCUUUUCGUAAGAAAUAUAGUUUGACGCUUGUCCCGCAAAUAACACAGUGUUGCAAUAUUGAAUUGCCAUAUGACUGUACAACUGAAUAAGGCUUAAAAAUUGUUUGCUUCCGGUCACAUGCUCAAAAAAAUUACGGUAGGUAGGUCGGUAAUUUUUUUUUGUUAAGUGGGACUUUUCGGAAAUUAUUUUUGUGUCAAAAAGUGAAUACAAAUAAGGGGGUUAUGCCUUUAGAGCAUCAAGCAUCAGUAAUUUGAUUUCUAACAUCAUUGACCAUGUUUAAAGCAUAAAACGUGCAGUUUUGCAACUUUUUGUUACAAAGUUGAAAAAAAAUUAUCCAGUGCCAUAAAAACAUUUAUGGUCGGACCAAAAAUUUAGCAUACCGGAAACAUUUUUUUACGCCUAUGACGCAUUCUCACAUAGGAGUGACAAAUGAGAUAUGAAAAAAUUCAUUUUUUUUUUUACUUUUAGAGUGACGGUUGAUUUAGGCCAGCAUUUUUUAUUUUCUGGUUUACGGGAGAUUUUUCAAAAAAAUUGGGUCCGUGGUGACAAAUAAAAAUAAAAAUAAAAACCCCAAUUUUGAGCAGUCGACCAAAUAAAUAAAAAUAAAACGUCCAAAAGGAUACAAUUUUUUUAUUUUUUGUACACCACAGAAAACAAAAGCUUGCAAGCUUAAAUUGCAUACACACUCACAAAUGAACUAUUCUGAACUGGUUUAUAUCUCAUCAUCUCAGUACACUGUUGUUUUCUUUAUGUGUAGCUUGUAUGAAUAAUGACAUUCAAAGUCACCAAGGAUA